AUGCCGUAGUCGGUCGAUUGCCUAACCCGUUACUGACAAAACCCGGUUUUCUUUCCCUCGGUGUUGAAAUGAAAAUCCGACCUCCAAAAUUUCAACUGGGUUUUGAGUUGUUCUUUCUGUCGCUGGUAUGGACUCUUUGCUAGCCAACUACGCCUCUUCAGACGAAGAAGGAGAAGAUCAACGACAACAACAAGAGCCAAAAUCUACAGCCUUUCCCUCCAAACCAACCUCCCCGUUUCUUUUCUCCUCUCUUCCCCAACCCAAAUCUUCCUCUCUCUUCCAAUCCCUCCCCCAACCCAAAUCCAAAGAAACCCCAUCGCUCCCCAUCCCUCUUUCUCGCCCCAAAUCGCAAGAUCCACACCAACCCAUUUCAAAUCCCUCAUCCUCAGGCCCCAAGACCAAAAGGGUCGUCCUAUUCAAGCCUCCUAUAGCUCCCUCUUCGAUAAAAUCCACCGUCCUCGACGACGAUGAUUAUGAAGACGAAGAAAAAGAACGAAGCCGGCGAAAAGAAUCGGAGUCCGUGCCGGCGCAAACCCCGUCAGUGAAGGCGUUCUUGUCGAGCAUUCUUCCGGCUGCCAAGAAAUCUGCCACAUUGGGCGCUCUUCCGAGCUCCGGUACCGGGCGAAGAGCCAUUGUGGAAACGGAUGCACUCACGUCCAGUUCCGGCGGCAUUAGAGCGGAGGAAGAUUCGGGUACUGAUCCAAAUUUAGGGAACUAUAGUUAUGAUAGUUAUGGGAAUUAUGAUUCGGGCACCGAUCAGAACGUAGGGAAUGAUGAUGUGAAUUAUGAUACUUAUGCGAAUUAUCAAUCGGGUGUUCAUCAAAAUGUGAAUGUGGAUGGUCGAUCACAAUAUGUUACGAGUGGUGGAGAUAGUUUGAACCAUGGAGAUUAUUUGAGUUUUGGUAGUUAUGGGCAGAAUGGGAAUAAUUGGGCUGCUGGGUCGGUGCAGGAGAUGUCGGGGACGGGUGCAACUGGGGUUAGACUGCCUGGGAAGAGAGGUAGAAAUGAGGUUCCCCUGGAAGUAGUUGAGGUGAAGCAGGAUGAGUUGAUGAAGAAUCGGCCGAGGGAGGACCAGGCCAAGUUAACCGGAAUAGCUUUUGGGCCUGCUUACCAGGCCGUUUCAACAAAAGGGAAGCCUUCAAAGCUGCACAAGAGGAAGCAUCAGAUUGGUUCUUUAUACUUUGAUAUGAGGCAGAAAGAGAUGGAACUUUCAGAGCGGCGUGCAAAAGGGUUCCUCACAAAAGCUGAAACUCAAGCCAAGUAUGGAUGGUGAUGAUGUCUUUGUCUUUGUCUUUGUAUUUUAUCACUCUCUACUUCACAACACCAGAUAUGUACCUUUACUGUGCCUUGUUUCUUGACAAGUGUAUUAUUCAUUGCCAUCUAUUAUAAUCUUUUCCACACUGUUUGAUGAUCC